ACAGUGUGCUUUUUUCGCUGUACUCAAUAAUUCUGAAUAGCAGCAAUAAAUUAGAAAAUUUAGAAUUUUUUUUUCGUACCGAGUCACAUGUUCUGAUGAAGAAUCGACUAAAGUGGAGGUACAUCGGCCGACAUUGGACUUUGGCCCUGGCUUGGUUCGCAUGUAAAACUCAAUUAUAAUAGUGUAUUUGCUUACCUUACUUUUCCCUCUUCGGAGGAUGUAAACACGUUUGUACUUUCAGAACAAAUUCCGCGGGAGCGCAAUAUGACAUUUGUAAGAUUGAUUGAUAAUUGUGGUAUAAGUGAAACAAGCGGAAUGACUAUCAAUCUAAAUUCCAUGCCUUGGGACAGUAACUCUGUAGAAGUAUUUUCACCUUCACAGGAUUGUUACCAUGGACCACAUCUUUCCGCAAAGUACAAGGAAAAGUUUGAAAAAUGCGUAAAUUCACUGUCUGAAUGUAAAUUGGGUAAUGAUGAGCUGGAUAGUAAAAUAGAGGCGAACGGAACAGAGGACAAUUCCCGCAUUUUCUAUUGCGAAAUUGCUUCUGUUUCUUCGAGCGAUGAUGAAGAGAGUACAGAAGAAGAAUAUGAAGAGACAGAUACUUACCUAGAAGAAUUGCAAUGGGGAGAAGAUGACGAAGAUUCCUGUUCUCUGUGUUACCAAUACGAUGAAGAACAAUCGAAAAAGGAUUUGUCAGAUAUCCAAGAAAACACUUCGAGUGAAUACAGCUCACCUUGUUCAGAGAUAUCGUCUGAUCCUUCUAAUGUUCCAUUUUGGUUUGGAGACGAGGAUAAGGUUCAUGUCAAAAAAAUCAUACUAUAUUAUGAAAAAUUUUUAGGUCUCGACAAGGAACAAAAUGCGUGUAAACGUGCUCCCAAACCGUUUAUAGGGAAAAUUCAACGCUCAGCUAUCGAAAAUAAAGACCCAGAGGUGUUCCAAACAUUUGACAUCGUCAGCGUCUACACUCGGAACAACCUUCCCCCAGAAUUACCUAUGCCAUUUUAUAGGAUGCAUUAUUUGCUCACAACCUGGGACCUUCAAACUGGACUUCCUAUCAAGCUGGUGAAUUUAAAUGAUAGCCAUCUGUCGAAAACCAUUGUAAAAAGUAAUACAAGCCUAUCUUGGCUCUACUGCCGUCCUGUGUAUUGCUCGGACGAAUAUGUCUACUCUACUGAUAUAGAAGAGCUCGAAGUCGGCUAUUCUGACGCUCCCUUCUCCUAUUACCAAUUUCUAUCUAAAAAAACUGCAGAAUUCGGCAACGAGUAGCAGAGUUAGACAAAAAAACUGGAGCACCAACUGUACACAUAUAUAUGUAUAUUUGUAUAAUAAAUGGUGUUGGAUAACUGACAUACUUUUCAGUCGAA